AGAGUGUGUCUCCUCUCGUGUCCACUCCGGGGCUGUGAGUGUGUCUCCUCCUCCUCCACGCGCUCUGGUGUUCCAGUGUCGCGCGCACAGUUCGGACCGAACACAUCUGGAAGUGUCUUUAUCACAGUCUGCCAGAGGUUGUGUAUUGAGUGUGUAUUGAGUGUGUGUGUGUGUGUGUGUGUGUGUGUGAGGUGAGAGUGAACUUUGCGUAAUUGAGAUGCGCUUCAGGUGCAUAAGGACUUAAACCCAAACCCGAGGAUGUGUGUGUGUGGAUUCCUGGCGCUUUCCUGCUCGUUUCUGCUCAGCUUUGCUGCCCUCGGUGAAGCUGCAGAAUGUGACUCUGGGUGCAAUCUCAAUAAAGGGGUUUGUGACAGUGGAGAGUGCAGGUGCAACCCUGGCUGGCAGGGUACAACAUGUGAGCAGUGCGUUCCUUUGCCCGGCUGCGUUCAUGGAACAUGUGAAGAAGCCUGGCAGUGUGUGUGCGAGCAGGGCUGGGUGGGCAGCCAGUGUGACCGGGACAGCCGCCUGUGCUCAGCGAAGCCCUGUUCUGGCAAUUCGACCUGCGUUGAGACAGACGAGGGUGGAUAUCUCUGUAUCUGUCCUCCUGGAUACACAGGCAGAAACUGCCAGAUGAAGAAAGGGCAGUGUUUAAUAAACGGUUCUCCGUGUCAGAAUGGUGGAACCUGUGUGGAUAAUAACGGAUCUGACGCCCACACGUCUUGCCUGUGCGCUCCUGGAUUCACUGGAGAUUUCUGUGAGCUCGAUGCCGACGCUUGCGGGUCUAGCCCGUGUCUAAACGGUGGCACGUGCACUAAUCAUGGACUAGCCUACACAUGCAUUUGUCCUCCUGCUUACUCGGGUCCCAUCUGCAACAUCAGUCUGGCUUCAUGCUCUGGCAGCACCUGUAGCAACGGGGGUACCUGCUUAACCGAGACUGGCGGUGGAACCCGAUGCAUCUGUCCACGUGGUGUAACAGGACCUUCCUGUGACGUCCAAAUCCAUGAGUUUAAAACUAAAUCCAAGUUUAAAUCACCAAACCUAAGCCACCCUCCCCAGCAUCACAGCCUCCCUGCUCAUCCUUUCAACAAGCUCUUGAGACACCCUGAGCACGAGCUCCUCAAGAUCACCAUGAAAGAGACGACGCAUGACUCUAAUCCACUGGUCACACGUAGCCAGAUUAUUUGCUUUGCGAUUUUGGGUCUGCUCACCUGCCUGGUGGUCUUGGGUACCACAAGCAUCAUCUACUUCAAUCGCUGUGAGACGUGGCUGGCAAAUGCCAAGUAUAGCAAGCUUAUGCGUGAACAGAGAGACUUCCUCCUAAGAUCGAAUGACAACGAACACUCUGUGCAUAUCAUCCUGCCUGAGAAAAUCAAGCUGACCAAUUAUGGGAAGCACUACACAACCAUAUAACACCUGCAACACCAGACCCCUGUUCUUGGGUUUUUUUGAGCAACGAUUUUAUUGUUACUUUUAGGUUGUUAAAUAUCAAUAUUAAGUAAUUAGGGGUGACACAGUGGCAGGGUUAAGGGUUCAAUUCUGUCCUUGGUUCUGUGUGUUUGGAGUUUGCAUGUUCUCUUUGUGCUUGGUGGGUUUCCUUGGGUACCUCAGUUUCCUCCCACAGUCCGAAGACAUGCAGAGUCGGCUAAUUAGCAUUUUCAAAUUGCCCGUAAUGUGUGAAAGAGUGUGUGUGUGUGUGUGUGU